UAAGUUACUGCCUGCAAUUAAAUCGUAGCUGUCCUCGGCGCUGCCUGAUUUAACCAAGGGAUUUUAACGUAUUUACCGCUUCAUCUUCUGCAUAAUUUUCUACCGACGUCGAGUGCAGGAAAUAGCGGCCCCGAAGAAGGGGCCGAGGUAACUGGGGUGCAUAGCAGGCCUGAUCCGGAGCCAUGAACCUCGAGUUGCUAGAAUCGUUUGGACAGAACUAUCCAGAGGAAGCUGAUGGCACCCUGGACUGCAUUAGCAUGGCCCUCACCUGCACCUUUAAUAGAUGGGGCACUCUGCUAGCCGUGGGCUGUAAUGAUGGUCGUAUAGUCAUUUGGGACUUUUUAACAAGGGGCAUUGCUAAGAUUAUCAGUGCACACAUUCAUCCUGUGUGCUCUCUCUGCUGGAGCAGAGAUGGGCACAAGUUGGUAAGUGCCUCUACAGAUAACAUGGUGUCACUGUGGGAUGUCCUCACCGGAGACUGUGACCAAAGAUUCAGAUUUCCAUCUCCCAUCCUCAAAGUCCAGUUCCAUCCUCGAGACCAGAACCGGGUUCUAGUGUGCCCCAUGAAAUCGGCCCCAGUUAUGUUAAAUCUGUCUGACUCCAGCCAUGUGGUUCUACCCGUGGAUGAUGAUUCUGACCUUAAUGUUGUGGCAUCAUUUGAUCGAAGAGGGGAAUAUAUCUAUACAGGAAAUGCAAAAGGGAAGAUUUUGGUGUUAAAGACAAACUCACAGGACCUGGUGGCCUCUUUCAGAGUUACAACAGGCACAAGCAAUACAACAGCUAUCAAAUCCAUAGAGUUUGCUAGGAAAGGGAGUUGCUUUUUGAUAAACACAGCAGACAGAAUAAUCCGUGUCUAUGAUGGACGGGAGAUUCUGACGUGUGGCAGGGAUGGAGAACCUGAGCCUAUGCAGAAACUGCAGGAUUUGGUGAACAGGACGCCCUGGAAAAAGUGCUGUUUUUCAGGGGAUGGUGAGUACAUAGUGGCUGGCUCAGCACGGCAGCAUGCACUCUACAUCUGGGAGAAAAGCAUUGGAAACCUGGUGAAAAUACUUCAUGGAACCCGCGGAGAGCUGCUGUUAGAUGUGGCUUGGCACCCUGUACGGCCAAUCAUUGCUUCCAUUUCCAGUGGUGUGGUCUCCAUUUGGGCCCAGAAUCAAGUGGAAAAUUGGAGUGCAUUUGCCCCUGACUUCAAGGAACUGGAUGAGAAUGUGGAAUAUGAAGAAAGGGAGUCUGAAUUUGACAUUGAAGAUGAAGAUAAAAGCGAACCUGAACAAACAGGAGGAGAUGCUGCAGAAGAUGAGGAGGUAGAUGUGACCAGUGUGGAUCCAAUAGCAGCUUUCUGCAGCAGUUUGUCUUGCAGCGAUGAGGAGUUGGAAGACACGAAGGCCCUGCUUUAUCUUCCCAUCGCCCCUGAGGUAGAAGAUCCAGAAGAGAACCCUUACGGACCUCCUCCAGACGCAGUGCAGACAUCUUUGACUGAGGACGGGACAGGCACAGACAAGAAGAGGCAGGCCUCAUCAGAUGGUGUGCAACCUCCAAAGAAAAAGCCCAAAACCACCACAGUUGAACUUCAAGGCGUGCCAAACGAUGAAGUACACCCGCUGUUAGGUGUGAAGGGGGACAGUAAAUCCAAAAAGAAGCAAUCAGGACGGCCAAAAGGAGCUAAAGGUAAAGACAGGGACUCUUCGUUAAAAGCGAAAACCAAAGGGGACAGGGGCUUAUCUCUGGAAGCUGCAAUGAAAGGCAAAACUCAGGGUGAGCUGCCCCUGGUGCUGACAGGAGGCAGUGCCAUCUCAGAACUCCUGUAAGCAAUAGCCGACAUCUUGCAAAUGUACGUCAGCUGUGAUUUUUUUUUUUCCCACCGGUAUUGGGCAUUCUACAGAGUCUCUUUAUUAGGCCAUUAUAUAGACACGUCGUGUUCAGCACUGCCACUGUGACAGAGUAUGGCUUAGUCACAUCUGUCUACAUCCAGCCAUCUUGUGGAAUUUUUAACUGAGAAACUGUUUGCUCACAUAAUCAUGUUCUCUACUCUGUGUCGUACGAUAAAGUUUUCUCUAUUUUUAUACCCUUUUGUGUGUUGGCAUGACGUUAUUUUAUUUCCCCUUUGAUCCAUGUGGUUGGCUUUUCUGUAAAUUUUAUUGCUUUUUUUUUAUAUUAUUUUAAACAGUUUUACCAGUGUAGUAUGAGUAACAGUAUGAGCGGUGAGUAUGAGCCUAAUGCAGUGACCAAAUAAGCUGGCUUACUCUUUAAGGAGUAUGUUAACUAUUCACCAGCAGUUUUUUUUCUUGUUGCAUUUAUUGUUUUUUUAUGUGUAGAUAAAUGCUGAUCCCAUGGAUUUCACUUCUACCCUAGUAGCUGGGGCAAUAAAACUGCUUUGUUUUGUU